GCGGCCAUCCCGGGGAUCCCGAAUCCCCUACGUGUACCGGGGAGGAGGGGGGGGGGGGGUUCAUCCCUGCGCCCCGCGCUUGGGGAGAUGCGCUGUUCUGCUCCCGGCAUCCCCGCGGGCCCAAAAUCCUCUUGGAUUUUUUUUUUUUCAUAUUUGAAAAAUGGACAUUUUAAUUUAUUUAUUUAUUUGUUUAUUUUGGAGCCCGAGCUUUUUAUCAGAGCUUUCAUGGGGGCCGGGCCCCUCGGUGGCUGUGGCUGCGCCUCAGCUGACAACGCCACCGGGAGCCGGCAGCUGGAGAUAAGCCCAGGAGAAGGGCUGGGAGAUGGAGUUCUGGCGGGAAUGGCUUUAAACUGACAGAGAGCAGGUUUACAUUGGAUAUUAGGAGGAAAUUCUUCCCUGUGAGGGUGAGGAGGCCCUGGCACAGGAUGCUCAGAGAUGCUGUGGCUGCCCCUGGAUCCCUGGAAGUGUCCAAGGCCAGGCUGGAUGGGACUUGGAGCAACCUGGGAUAGUGGAAGGUGUCCCUGCCCAUGGCAGGGAUGGAAUGAGAGAAGCUUUAAGUCCCUUACCACCCAAACCAAUCUGGGAUUCUCUGGUUAUGAAUGUCACCGCUCAGUUGCUGGGAGGGGUGUGGCUGUGUCAUCCCUCAUCACCGCCUCUCUGCCCUUCUCCAGGGCUCUGUGCCAUCAUCCACUACCUUGUCCGGGGCCAGCUGGGCUGGUUCGGGCUCACCAUGGCCUGCCUGGUGCCCGGCUACGCCGCUCAGCUCCUCAGCAUCCUCUGGUUCCGGGCAGACGGACACGCACCCGGCUGCUGCCUCCUGGCGCUCCACCUCCUGCAGCUGGGCCUCUGGAAGCGGUACUGGGAUGUUCUGCGGGCGGCGGCCAAGGCGGGCGGCGGUGCCGGGGAGCUGCUGGCUCAGCUCGGGGAUGUUUGUGUGCUGCGGCUCCUGGAGGCCCUGCUGCAGACCCUGCCUCACCUCCUGCUCCAAGCCUAUGUGGUGGUGGCCGUGGACCCAGCAGGAUUCAUCCCUGGUGUCAGUGCAGGGCUGUCCCUGCUGUCCCUGGCCUGGGCUUUGGUCUCCUACAGCCACUUCACCUUCCUGAUGAAGCCUGGACACCUGAGCCCACCAGCUGCUGUCAUCCUGUGCCUGCUGCUCUGGAGGACAGGGAUGCUGGGCACCCGGGUGCUGGCCCUGGUGCUCUUUGCCAGGCUCUAUUCCUUCUGGGUUUUUGCUGUGGCAGGGGUGCACUGGCUGCUCAUGUCCUUCUGGCUGGGGGCCCAGCAGACAGAUAUUGUGACCCAGCCGUGCCGCUGGAGGCUCUUCAACUGCCUGCUGGGAGCUGUCUACAUCUUCUGCUACAUCAACGUCCGCCCCGGCCCCUCCAGGACCAGGGUGGCCGUGUUUUAUGCAAUAAUGCUGAUGGAGAACACGCUCCUGCUGCUGUUGGGCACCCGGUUCCUGCAGGUAGAGCUGAGGAACAGCCUGACUGUGACUGGGGCUGUCAUGUCAGGGUCUUUAAUAGGUGUCACAGCUCUGGUGAUUUACUACAGCCUGCUCCACCCCAAGUCCACAGAGAUCUGGCAGGGAUUCCUGGAGACAAUGUGCAGUCCUGCAGCAGCUGGGGAUGAGGAGGGGUCUGGAGAAAGCUCCCAAGCUGAGCAGAGUUCAGGGACUUUGGCAGAUGAGGAGUCCUUGCCAGUGGAAGGGACCAAGACAGAGCCCCAAAAGGAGACCAGCUCAUCACUGUUGCAGUCCAAGGGGGGUUUGGAGGACAGCUGGACAGACCAUCACCACUGGCUGCUGGUGAAGCUGGCCUUGAAGACAGGAGAUGUGUCCGUGAUCAACGCAGCUUUCGGAGAUGGCGGCGUGGGAGAGGCUUUUCCUGGAGGAUGGAUGAUGGGGAAAGCCCCUGGAGCUGAGCCUGGGGCAAACCUUUCCCUCCCCAUGAGGGACAUCCCUCCCUCUGGACUGGCAGUGGGGAAUGGAGGAGGCAUCAAAGCCAGUGCUGGUGCUCUGGGAGUGGCACAGGAGGAUGGAGCAGGGCAGGAGCCUGAUUUUCCCCCAUCCACAUCCCACCCCAUUGGCUUCUCCCCGGAUUCCACCGAGAGCUCCUCUGUGUAUUUCAGUGCAAGUGCAGGAGGCAUCAUCUCCCCUGGGACAGGGACAGCCACAAGCAUGGCUCUGGUGCAAAGGGACAGCAAAGCUCAGCCUCCCCCAGGCUGCCUGGGAGAAGGAGGAGGAGGAAGAGGAGGGGAUUCAUCCCUUGGGAUGCCCAGCAUCAGCCCAAUCCUGGGCGCUUGUGCCCACAAGUGUCUGCAGAGAAGCUCUUCCUUCGGCAACACGGGCAGCUGUGGGGUGGCAGGUCUCCCCAAAGAGGGCUCAGAGGGGACAGAGGGUGCCCUUGUGGGGUGCCAGCACCUUUGGGACACCCACCCUUGUGGCCCGCAGGGGACUGUGGUGAGGAGCAAGCUGAGGUCACCAUGCUUCACCUCCACCCCCAAGGCCGGCCCUAAAUGCUCCCAGCAAGGACUGGGGGAGCUGGGAGAGGGGACCGACCAGUCUGGGUGACCAGAGUGACCCUGUAAAUGUCUCCUUCGGCCAGCCUUGGGGUGGCUGUCUUAUCAACAGGGCAUGGCAGGAGGUGGUGGGACAAAGGCUGUCCCCACAGUGCCCCUGCCAUGGGGCAGAGUGCUCUUCCAUCACUGGGACAUCACCUUUCCUCUCAGUACAUCUUCUAGAGGCAGUCUUGAAGAACUUCAAAAGCCUUAAAAAGCCCUGACAGUCCAGGGCUGGUUAUUUAUUGAGCUAAUUUAUGUCACAGACCUACCAGGAGGCUGGAGCCUCCUGUCUUUGGUGUAGUUGUGACAAUGACUUGAGGUGUGUCCUUAAACCAGUGCCUGCACAAGCUGCUGGCCUGACCCAGUGUGGAGAUCUGGUUGCUGUCUCCAAGGGCUGCAGUGCUGGCCAAAGCAGUUUUCUCAGGACAAAUAAGUGCCUAAAUCAGAAAAAUUAUUCUGGGUUUUACUCUUGGAUGUCCUUUCUGGGCAGAGUAAGGUCUCAAGUAAGGCUCAGCAUUGCUUGAUUGUUUUUCCCCACCAGGUUUAUCUUGAGGCCUUUGCCAACUCCAUUUUUGGGGUCACACAGGAUUGCAGAUUCUCUUCCUGCUGCAGACCAGAACCUCAGAACCUGGAAUUACAACCAAAGCCAUGUCCUGCUGCUUGCCCACUGUCUUGCCUCCUCAAGUGUUUUUUUCUCUCCAGCCUCCUUCCAGCUGAAGAUCACAGGACCCCAGAAUUAUUUGUGUUGGAAGGGACCUUAAAGCUCAUCCAGUUGCAACUCCCUGCCACGUGCAGGGACACCUUUCACUAGACCAGGUUACCAGGUUAUAAUCCACAUUUGACUGGAUGCUUUCAUCUAAAUUUAGGCCAAAUCUCAAACCAGUUCUACCCCCACCAUAAAACCCACAGUGCAAGCAGGGUUUAUUUGUAUCAGGAGCUAAAACCAUCAAUACCAUGGUCUCAGAAAUAGCCAGUGCUUCCCCCCAGGCUGGCUGGGCAUGGAUUUGUGCCCAGGGCACAGGUUUUUGCCCAGGACAUGGCUUAACAUGUUAAUUGAGGUGUGAUCAGCUGGAUUCACCACCAGGCUCCUGAGAGCCAGCUGGAGCACAUCUGUCUGUGCUCUCCAGAUGUUGUCCUGCUGUGGGCAGGACUCUGCUGCUGCCACAGGGCAGGAAAGGCAGCAGGGAGGGCACAGGCAUGUGAUGAAUAAUUUAAAAAAAGCUUCCAUGAUGCAUUCACUGCUCAGGGCUGACCCAGCCAGAUGUUCCCUUGGGGCACAGAAAACCCAGUUGGUGCUGAGUAUGGAGUGAAGCCACAUUCCAAGGGGAUGAAGGCUCCCUGUCUCCAUCUGGACCCCAGCCCCCUGUGCUGUGCCUGUGCUCUGCAGGCAAGAGCAGUUCCAGUGGCUUUUCCAGAGCCCUUCUCAUUGUGUGGAUCACAGAGAAGGCAGCAGUGCUGCCAGGCCAUUGCAGGAAUUUUUAUCUAGCUUGGUUUUCUACUUUUGAUAAUAUAUAAUUAUGCUUGAAAACACCCCAAACCAGCCUUUGCUGUGUCUGUGUCUUGUGUUGGGGGUGAAAAUAAGUGUGGAGGAGUCUCUCUUGGCUCUUGCAGCCCCAGGAUGAGUUGUUUGUUGGGAUUUCCAGUGGGAGGGUGGAGAAGGGACAUGGGCAACAGGAUCUGGGGGAAUGAAAUGUGUCAGGGAAGGUUAAGGCUGGGUGUUAGAAAAAGAUUCAGCCAGCAUGAAACUGUCCUACAGGCCAGUCAGAAAGGUAACAGACAAUUUUGAGAAAGUAAAGAAUACUUUUGUGCAUGAGAGUCAGGAAUAAAUGCAAUUAAAUGUGAUUUGAUUUCUCAGAGCACAUCCACAGUGCAGGGGUGCACCAUGAACUGAUACCUCUGACCUCAGAUGAGGAAAUCCUGGAUAGAUCAAGGAGUGGCAAAAGAGAAGGGGGAAUCUGGGGACAGAGGGUGCAUGAGGACUGGGUAGGGAUGAGGGUGUUUGUAUGAGGGAUCUGUUCCCACAGCUUUGCUCCCUGAUGAUGAGAGUUGGUCAUUGAUGAGCCAUGCUCCACUUUCUCCUUGGGAGCAAUGUGAAAUCAGGUGGGAUAAUGUGGAUUGUCUGUCCUUAAAGGCUUCCAGCCUGUGUGAGAGCCCUGUUGCACCCAGGGUCCAAGUCCUGUGUGCUGGUACAGUCCCAGCACUGAGCCACAGGUCUCUCUGCCUGUAGAAAUAACCUGUAUUCAAUCAGAGAAUCCCAGAAUGGGUUGGGUUGGAAGGGACCUUAAAGAUCAUCUCAUUCUAAUCCCCUGCCAUGGGCAGGGACACCUUCCACCAUUCCAAGUUGCUCCAAGCCCCAUCCAGCCUGGCCUGGAACAUCUCCAGAGAUGGGGCAGCCACAGCUUCUCUGGGCACCCUGUGCCAGGGCCUCCCCACCCUCACAGGGAAGGAUCUCUUCCCUAUAUCCCAUCUAAGCCUAUUCUUUAGUGAAUUCUAAAGCCCUGUUUGAAGUAGGAGGACUCCAGCAGCAAAUCACAGCUUCAGAUUCCCCACCCUUUCCAUUUUCUGUGGCCCAAAGAUCUGGUGCACCUCCAGAUUUUUCCCAAUGCUGCCAGACUGGGAAAAUCACACUGGGGAGGAGUUUCUCCCCAAAACUUCUUGUCCCUUUGCCACCAGAGGGAGAUGCUGCUCAAGCUCUAGAUACCCUCCAGUGCCUGUGUUAUGGAAUCAUUCAGGUUGGAAAAGCUCCGAGCUCAUCCAGUCCAACCAUUCCCCAGUGCUGCCAAGGCCACCACUAACCCAUGUCCCCAUGUGCGACAUCCACAUGACUUUUGAGUCCCUCCAGGGAUGAUGACUGGAGAGGUGAGGGAGGUACAGGACUGAUGCUGCUGUGGCAUUGCACUGGGAGCCAGUGGGAAUGAAGUGGGGAGCUCUGGGAUACUGGUGGUGGAGUGCACAGUGAGCUCCUGGAGGAAUGAGACCAUGGCUGUGGGCAUCUCCUUUUCCUUCCCAGGCAUCACUGGGCCAUGGGGAAUGUUUGAAAAUCACUGUCAAGGUCUUGCCCUCUUCAGGAGAAGAGUCACUGACCUGUAAAUAUCCCAUGGUGCCUUCAUGUCCAAAGGUAUGUGUGGGAGGGAAAAUGUCCCAGAUCACACUGGAUGCACAAGGGGACCUGGGGGUUUGGUGGAAGUGGCUCCAGCUGUCACCACCAUGGUGCUGAGUCCUGAUUUUGGUGCUGUAUCCUUGGAGCUGUGCCCAGGUGGGUGACCUGGUCACUCCACACUCUGGUUUGUCCUCAGAUCAACCCUUGGGGUGCACAAAUCCCACAAAUUCCCUGUCACUACUCUGUGUGGAGCAACAUGGAGACCUGGGCCAGUCCAAACCCAGGAUGGAAAAGCUGGCAGAGGGCAAUGGACCAACUGCUCCUGGCAACCUGCUGAUGUUUAUCUUCCAAAUAUCCCAAAUGCUUGAGGAGACCUGGGCAGAUCCUCUGCUCCAGCAUCUCCCAUGAAGCUGUUUUUGGAUGAGGAAUGAUCCUGAGCUAGGCCAGGAUCUGCUCAGCUUUUGGAGGUGCUCAUCACCUAAGUUUGGGCUUCAGCCACCCACUGAAGGGCUGGAGCAAGAGGAUAUCUCCAUCCCACUGCACUUGGACAGAUUGUCCAGUGCUUUUGCCUGCUCUGGAAUAGAAAAUUUCUGCUAAUUUGCCUCCUGUGAACCUUUUCUUUUCCAUUUUGUUUCUUCUUUAGAGAGGUGGAGGGUCAUGUCCCAGCCCAGGAGAGCUCAAUGCCACAGGUGAGAGGAGCUCUCAAGGGCAAACAUGGGAGCAGGAACCAAGCAUGAAUUUUGACAAUGCAGGGAGUGACCCAAGGGCUCCCCAGGAGAACUGGCUGUGCCACUCUGGUGAUGUGGAAAAAGGAGCAAUCAGGCAGGAACAGAGGCUACGUCCCUAAGAAAUUAAACAAUACCCAGGCAAGUGCCUGGGCUUGGGAACGUGGCUGUCCUGACUGCUGGCACUGUCCCCUUGGCUUGUCACUCUGGUCCCUCUUUCAAGGUGAAAUAAAAUAAAGCAGGAUGGAGUUGUACCAACAGUGUGGGGCAGCAGCCUUGCCCCAGCCCUGCUGGGAUCUCACCUUCCAGCAGCCCAAUCUCUAAGCAUUGUCCAUGGGUGCCUGGUUUUGUGAAAAACAUUCCCUCCAGCUCCAAAAUGAUGUAACACCACCCCACUCCCCAUCCCCUCAUCAAAAAAGAUUUCCCCAGAAAAACCAUCUUUUCACUUGAAACAACAUUGAACCACAAUACUUGGACCUUACAGAAAAUAGAAUUAUUUGCCCUGGGGCUGUUGUUAUUUGUCUGGUUUUUUUUUUCCCAAGCUGAAACUUUGGUUAUUUUUUUCCCCCUUUAAUUACAUUUGGUUUGCUGCAAAUCCCUUUCUGGUGCCUUCAGUGUUCCUGUAAAAGGCAGGGCCCAGGCUGCAGCUCUGUGCCCAUGGCUCCAAGGCUAAACAAUACCACAGAGGGGGGGAGCAGAGGGUAAGCCCAGCUAAUCAGGACUUGCCUAAUAGGACUGAGUGCUUAAUGAGAACCCAGGGACUCUGCUUCCCCAGCUGGAUUUGGCUGGAGGAAAAUGCUUUGUGCUCUCAACACCAGGUUUGAGACGGCUCAGCUCUCUCAGAUGUGCUGGAGCA